GGCUGCUCGGGCUGAGCGUGCCCCGGAACAGGCCUCGCGCUCCGCGCCCCGGACUCGCCGGCCCGGCCGGGUCGGGCGGCCCAGGGCAGCAGCCUCCUCCUCCCGGCCGGAGCCUGAGCCUCACAGCAGGGCACCUGUGUGCCCAGAGCUAACUUCAGAGCAGGUCCGCCCCCGGGUGUUCCUUCCCUGCCAGGAGCCGGCAGAGUCAGCGCCACGCAGAGCUUGAGAAAUCCUAGCAGGAAUCCCCAGAGCUGGGCCGGGGGGAUGAACCGUGAGGGCGCGCCCGGGAAGAGUCCGGAGGAGAUGUACAUCCAGCAGAAGGUCCGCGUGCUGCUCAUGCUGAGGAAGAUGGGGUCGAACCUCACGGCCAGCGAGGAGGAGUUCCUGCGUACCUACGCGGGGGUGGUCAGCAGCCAGCUCAGCCAGCUGCCCCAGCAUGCCAUUGACCAGGUUAACAAGCAUAAGCCCUGGCUGGAGCCCACCUACCACGGGAUUGUGACUGAGAACGACAACACGGUGCUGCUCGACCCCCCCCUGAUGGCGCUGGAUAAGGACGCGCCUCUGCGCUUUGCAGAGAGUUAUGAGGUGACAGUCACCAAAGAAGGUGAGAUUUGUGGCUUUAAAAUUCACGGGCAGAAUGUCCCCUUUGAUGCAGUGGUAGUGGAUAAAUCCACUGGCGAGGGGAUAAUUCGCUCCAAAGAGAAACUGGACUGUGAGCUGCAGAAAGACUACACAUUCACCAUCCAGGCCUACGACUGCGGGAAGGGCCCCGACGGCACCAGCAUGAAGAAGUCUCAUAAAUCAACUGUCCACAUCCAGGUGAACGAUGUGAAUGAGUAUGCGCCUGUGUUCAAGGAGAAGUCCUACAAGGCGACGGUCACCGAGGGCAAGCAGUAUGACAGCAUCCUGAGGGUGGAGGCCGUGGACGCAGACUGCUCCCCUCAGUUCAGUCAGAUCUGCAGCUAUGACAUCGUCACUCCUGAUGUGCCCUUCGCUGUGGACAAAGAUGGUUACAUAAAGAACACCGAGAAGCUGAACUAUGGGAAGGAGCGUCAGUAUAAGCUGACCGUCACGGCCUAUGACUGUGGGAAGAAGAGGGCUACGGAAGAUGUUCUGGUGAAGAUCAGCAUCAAGCCUGCCUGCACACCUGGGUGGCAAGGCUGGAGCAACAGGGUUGAAUACGAACCUGGCACCGGCGCUCUGGCUGUCUUCCCCAACAUCCACCUGGAGACGUGUGACGAGCCAGUGGCCUCAGUGCAGGCCACGGUGGAGCUGGAGACCAGCCACAUCGGGAAGGGCUGCGACCGAGAUACCUACUCUGAGAAGUCCCUCCACAGGCUGUGCGGGGCUGCUGCGGGCACCGCCGAGCUGCUUCCCUCCCCUGGCAGCUCCUUCAACUGGACCGUUGGCCUCCCCACCGACAACGGCCAUGACAGUGACCAGGUCUUUGAGUUCAACGGCACUCAGGCAGUGAGGAUCCCAGAUGGUGUUGUGUCCAUCAGCCCUAAGGAGCCCUUUACGAUUUCCGUGUGGAUGAGGCACGGGCCUUUCGGCAGGAGGAAGGAGACGAUUCUUUGCAGUUCGGACAAGACAGAUAUGAACCGACAUCACUACUCGCUCUAUAUCCAUGGGUGCAGGCUGAUUUUCCUCCUGCGUCAGGAUCCUUCCGAGGAGAAGAAAUACAAACCUGCAGAAUUCCACUGGAAGUUGAAUCAGGUCUGUGAUGAGGAAUGGCACCACUUCGUCCUCAACGUGGAGCUCCCGAGUGUGACUCUGUACGUGGAUGGCGUUUCCCAUGAGCCCUUCUCUGUGACCGAGGAUUAUCCACUCCAUCCAUCCAAGAUAGACACCCAGCUCGUGGUUGGGGCUUGCUGGCAAGAGUAUUCAGGAGUUGAAAAUGACAAUGACACUGAACCUGUGACUGUGGCCUCCGCAGGAGGUGACCUGCACAUGACCCAGUUUUUCCGAGGGAACCUGGCCGGCCUAACCGUCCGGACCGGAAAACUCGCAGACAAGAAGGUGAUCGACUGUCUGUACACCUGCAAAGAGGGGUUGGACCUCCAGGUCCCCGAGGACAGCAGCGCCGUGCAGGUCCGACCCAGCCCCGGCCAGUCGGUGUUGACUCUGGAGGGUGAUGACAUUGGGGAGCUAGACAAGGCCAUGCAACACCUCUCCUACCUGAACUCGCGGCAGUUCCCCACGCCGGGCAUCCGGAGACUCAGAGUCACCAGCACGGUCAAGUGCUUUCAUGAGGCCACCACCUGCAUCCAGGUCCCCCCAGUCGAGGGCUACGUGAUGGUUUUGCAGCCUGAAGAGCCCAAGAUCAGCCUCAGCGGCGUCCACCAUUUUGCCCGUGCGGCUUCUGAGUUUGAGAGCUCCGAGGGGGUCUUCCUGUUCCCCGAGCUGCGGAUCAUCAGCACCAUCACGAGGGAGGUGGAGCCCGAGGGGGACGGGGCCGAGGACCCCACAGUCCAAGAGUCCCUGGUGUCUGAGGAGGUUGUGCAUGACCUGGAUACCUGCGAGGUCACAGUGGAGGGAGAGGAGCUGAACCUGGAGCAGGAGAGCCUGGAGGUGGACGAGGCCCGGCUGCAGCAGAAGGGCAUCGAAGUGAGCCGCUCGGGCCUGGGCAUGGUCCUCAGAGGGGUGGAGACCAUGGUCAGCUAUGAGGAGGUUUUGCACCUCCUUCGAUAUCGGAACUGGCAUACCAGGUCCCUGCUUGAUCGGAAGUUCAAGCUCAUCUGCUCUGAGCUGAAUGGUCGCUACCUGAGUAAUGAGUUUAAGGUGGAGGUGAACGUGAUCCAUACGGCCAACCCUGUGGAACAUGCCAACCACAUGGCUGCCCAGCCACAGUUUGUUCACCCUGAACAUCACUCCUUUGUGGACCUCUCAGGUCACAACCUGGCCAGUCCUCACCCAUUCGCAGUGGUCCCCAGCACCGCCACUGUGGUGAUCGUGGUGUGCGUCAGCUUCCUGGUUUUCAUGAUCAUCCUGGGAGUGUUUCGGAUCCGGGCUGCACACCAGCGAACGAUGCGGGACCAGGACACGGGGAAGGAGAAUGAGAUGGACUGGGACGACUCUGCGCUGACCAUCACCGUGAACCCCAUGGAGACGUAUGAGGACCAGCACAGCAGUGAAGAGGAGGAGGAGGAGGAGGAGGAGGAAGAGGAGGAGGAGAGCGAGGAUGGGGAGGAGGAGGAGGAGGAGGACAUCACCAGUGCGGAGUCAGAGAGCAGUGAGGAGGAGGGCGGCCCUGGCGAUGGCCAGAACGCGACCCGGCAGCAGCAGCUGGAGUGGGACGAUUCCACGCUCAGCUACUGACCCAGCAGCCACCCCAGCCCUUGGGGCCUCAAUGUACAAAGUCCUUCGGCCAGCAGUUCUGCAGACCCCGCCUGCCUGCCUGCCAGCACUUGGUGUUAGGGCCAUAGCUCCGCCCUUGUGUGCCCUCCGCCCACCCAGACCUCUGCUCAGUACCCAGAGCCAAGCCCUCCCUGCCACUUCCCACCAGCCGGUGCAGGCCCCUGUGUCCCUGCUAGCCCAAGAGGGCCCUGGCUCCCCGUGCCUCCAGAAAAGCUGCAAUGACCGGACUUGGUGACAAAGGGUAAAAAUUGCUCACUCCCACCCAGUAAUUAUUUUUUCUUUUUUUUUAAGAAAAGUUUUUAUUUUUUCCAAACUAGUGCAUGUAUAAAGUGGCAGAAUGGGGGUUAAUAUGUAGAUGAUCGAUGACUUUUUAAUAUUUUGUAAAUAAAUCAAGGUUCUCUGUGCCCUUCGUGCUAGUGUAGCCCAGGACGGGAAUGCAAAGUGGAGCUGAGCACUCUGGUCAUGGGGCCUGGCUCCUGUCCCUCCCCACCACCUGCUUCCUCCUGAGAGGCCAGAGGCGAGCUGCUUGGGACCAGAUCAGGGCCCUGCCUGGAGGCUGGGGUGGCCAGGCCUUUGCUCUGGAGUUGGGGCUCCCCGGCCUCUUCCAUGCUCCCCUCUGCUUCAGCAAGGCCUGAGCUCAGCAGGUGCAGCCGUGUAGUUUACACUUAACAGACGUCGUGUCCCUGCUAGUAGAAGUGUGUGUAAGUCACGGGAGCCACAGUCGUUGUACAGAACGUUGGUGCUUGGUUUGCAGACGGCAGCAGCCCGAGGGAGCUGCACACAGAACGGCCCCACUGUCUGUCUCCCUCCUCCCCAGCCCCCGCAGAAUGACCCCUGCCGUGCCCUGCCGGGUCAGAGCCGCACCCCAGAGCCCCAGAGCUGGGCGUCCUGCUGCUGUUUGGGGGCCCAGGCCAGAGCAGAGCGAGCAAGUGCACCCAAACACACCGCGCCGCUCCCCUUCCCUGCCCAGCCCCGACUACCCCAUCACCCCUUCACCCUGAGUGCUGUCCUGUGACCUCACUGCUGGCUUGGAGGAUGGGGCGCCAUGCUGUGUGCAUCCUGUCCCUGAGGCUGCUGUGUAGACGGGCAGCGCCCCGCAGAGGCCCUUCUGUGCGUCCUCAGAUGUGUAUAUUGGCGCUAGGUCAGAAAGUGUACACUACAAUAAAGCUCUGGUUCUAACUCU